UCCUUGUUAUGACUUAGAGUAGAGUUCAGUCUAGAGAGAAGAAAGAGGGAAAGAGAUUGAUUAGAUAGGAGGGGAAGUUCCUCCAUUGCUGAGCGCUUUUGUGUCCCCUGGCUCUCUGCUGGGCUGCUCGCGGUGUCUCUCCCAUACCACCACCUUCUCCUCGGUCCUCACCAGCGAGGGAGCCCGCCGCGGGUUCUUGGGCGCCAGCAUUGAGCCCAGCGGCGCGUCAGCGUCAGGUGAUUUCCGCGUUCUUGGCGCCGGGUGCUCGGGAUCUAAGCUCCUGUUCUUGGGGUUGCCUGGUUCUUGGGCUUCCAGGAUCAAGGUGGGUUCUUUCCCCCCUUUAGGGUUGAAGGUGCCCCUUUCUUGCUAGUCCUUUUGGGCGAGAUGGUAGCGAUGUGCGUCUGCAUUUCCCCACUUUUGCCUCUUUGUAGCGAUUUCCAGUUGAUUCUCUGGUUCGAGCGGCUUGAUUGUUGAUCUGAUCUUCUCAGUAAUUGUUCAAUUAUUGGAUUCCCGUAGUGUGUGUUGUGGCUGCAGCAAUCGCUCAAUCCCGAUCACAACGAGUUCUGCGAAGGCAGUUCAGGUUUACUGGAUAGGGAAAAUGUAGUUUGCUUGCGCUAGAUUGAUUUGUUCUUUCAAUUUUCAUCCCAAGGAACCAAAAUGCUCUUUCCGCCCCAGAAAGGAUAAUGCCCUGCUUGUGAACGGUUGGUACACAAUAGGUGGAUGGGAAUGUUGUUAAUUUCUUACUUUUGACUGCUAUUAUUGUUAAAUAGGCUACUUUUGUGUCGUAGGCACCAUCUGAGUUUCUUUUUACAAUCAAGUACUACCAUAGUAGCAUGAGAAAAUUGAAAUAUUUUCUUACAAUGGUUAGAAAAACACAGAGUUCAAGAAAUGUCAGAGUUCUUCUUUACUUGUUUGAAAAAAAAAGAUUUUGUGGUUUCUUCAGUGUAAAAUUGGUGGUGCACCCACAAGAUGUUCGCCGGCUGUGCCACUGCUUGCUUUCGUUGUUCAAACUACUAAGUAAAGGUGUUGUGCGACUUCACUUGGCUGUGUAACCAGUCUAUUUAUUUUUUUAGUUGGUGGGUGGAAACUGUGCGACUUCACUUGGCGGUGUUGGUGGGGUACACUGAUUAGUUACAUUGAACUGGUUCUGUUCUCCUCAAUUUUAGUGUUUCUUGUACUCCACAGCUUGACAAGUUGACCAUUUAGUAUUCAACUCCAAAAUCAAACAUUAUUUUAUCUAACAGUGCUGAUAAUGAGAAAAUGAGAGAUGGAGAGUCAAAUCUGCACAUGGGUGCACCCAGUCUCUUACUAUAUACGUAAUUAAGAAUUCCUCACGGCCAACUUGUACAGUUAACAUGCCUAUAAAUCUGCAUAGUGGAGAUUGUUACAUUGAGAAUGACUAAUUGUAAUCUAUCACGUAUUAUAAAGAAACAUCUUUCUGAUGCCCCUCUGUUUAUUUCUCAGGAGCUUAGUUUUAACUAUAUUCAAUUUUGAAAAAUGGCUUGCUGUUUUAUGUGUGGGACUGACAUGAAACAAAAGGUUGAAGGUGAAGGAGGAAACAAGGUGAAGGUAUUUUCCUACAGUGAGAUGAGGAAAGCUACACAUGGUUUCAGUGGUGCUAAUAAAAUCGGUGAAGGUGGUUUUGGUUCCGUAUUCAGGGGAAGGCUUAAAGAUGGAACAAUAGUUGCAAUAAAAGUUCUGUCUGCUGAUUCAAGGCAGGGUUUCCGAGAGUUCAUAAAUGAACUCGCAGCAAUUUCCGAUAUCGUGCAUGAAAACCUAAUUACCAUGGUCGGUUGCUGUGCUGAAGGGUCUCAUAGAAUCCUUGUAUACAAUUAUCUUGAGAACAACAGCCUUGCAUGUACAUUGCUAGGAUCAGGCCGUAGUAACAUCCGAUUCAAUUGGAAAGCUCGUGUCAAAAUUGCGGUAGGUGUUGCCUGUGGGCUUGCUUAUCUUCAUGAAGAAAUCCGCCCCCCUAUAAUUCACCGAGAUAUAAAGGCAAGCAAUAUUCUUCUUGAUAAGGAUCUCACCCCAAAAAUCUCUGAUUUCGGGUUGGCAAGGCUCCUGCCUCCAAAUGCAACUCAUGUGAGCACUAGAGUUGCAGGAACAAUAGGAUACUUGGCUCCUGAAUAUGCGGUCAGGGGACAAGUGACAAAGAAGUCGGAUAUUUAUAGUUUCGGUGUUUUGCUGUUGGAAAUUGUCAGUGGCAGAUGUAACCACAAUGCUAGAUUGCCUCAGGGAGACCAAUUUCUGCUCGAGAGGACAUGGACACACUAUGAGCAAGGAAAACUAGAGGAGAUCAUAGAUAUAGAUGUAGGGGAUGACCUUGAUGUGGAGGAAGCAUGCCGGUUCUUGAAAAUCGGUCUACUGUGCACUCAAGAUGCAAUGAAAGUGCGUCCCAACAUGACCAGCAUCAUCCAUAUGCUGACUGGAGAAAAGAGUGUCAACAUGGAUAGGGUCACAAAACCAGCUGUGAUUGGUGACUCAGACCUCAACGGCAACAAUGAUCUGAGACCAACUGAUCCAGACUCUACCACAAUGAGAUCCUUCGCCACGACCGAACCAUUAACAUCAUCAGAAGUGAACACGGAGACAUCUCUGUGAAAUACUGGUAUUAAAAAAAGUUCUUGUAAAUUAUGGGCGGAAAGAGAGAUGGAGAAUUAUUUUAGUAGAUGCCGUGAUGCUAAAAAUGAUGCAUCAGUUUUGUUAGUCGUGUUCAUUUUUUUGUUUCAGUCUUUUUUGUAUAUACAUUAAAAGGUCAUUGGACGGGUAAAGGGAGUAAACAAACUUUUUUUUGGUCCUC